GUCGACACUAUUGGAGUCCGAGUACUCGCCCGCAUUUGCGCCGUUCUUUGGGUUUGCCGGGUGCUGCGCAGCAAUGGUUCUGAGCUGCGCCGGCGCAGCAAUCGGCACUGCCAAGUCUGGCAUAGGAAUCUCUGGAAUCGGCACAUUUAAGCCGGAACUGAUCAUGAGAUCGCUGAUUCCCGUCGUCAUGAGCGGUAUUCUGUCCGUUUACGGGCUUGUCGUGGCUGUGCUGAUUGCUGGAGGCCUCAGUCCCAGCAGUAACUACACCUUGUUCAACGGGUUCAUGCAUCUCAGCUGCGGACUGUCCGUGGGCUUUGCUUGUCUUGCCUCUGGCUAUGCGAUCGGCAUAGUGGGCGACGAGGGCGUCAGACAGUUCAUGCACCAGCCACGGCUGUUUGUGGGAAUUGUGCUGAUUUUGAUUUUCGCCGAGGUGCUGGGCCUGUACGGCAUGAUUAUUGGUCUGAUCCUCAACACCAAGGGAAGCGGUUGAGCUACAGGAAUGUACAAAUAAAAGAGCUC